AUAAGUUUGGCGAGUUGUCUAAAUUUGGUUGUUGCUUCUUUGAGGUAGUUGUCAACUGUUACUUGCGAAAAAAUGGCUCCCUGCUCAGAACUUGCUCAUGCUAAGAUCUAUUUUGUCCUUGGUGGUCCAGGAAGUGGAAAGGGGACUCAGUGUGACAAAAUAGUGGCAAAGUACGGAUUCACUCACCUGUCGACGGGGGAUUUGUUGAGGGACGAGGUGGCAUCUGGGUCCGAAAGAGGCAAACAACUGACCGCCAUCAUGGAGAAGGGGGAGUUGGUUUCAUUGGAAACAGUGCUGACCUUGCUGAGAGAGGCCAUGUUGAAAAAGGCGAAGGAGAGCAAGGGUUUCUUGAUCGAUGGCUACCCCAGGGAAUUGGAUCAGGGCAAACGUUUUGAAGCCGACGUCAGCCACGUGGACAGCGUCAUUUACUUCCAUGUGGCCGACGAGACGAUGAAGAAGAGGUUGAUGAAGAGGGCGGAGACCAGUGGCAGAGUGGACGAUAAUGAGGAGACCAUCGUCAAGAGGUUGAAAACCUUUCACGAUCUUACACAGCCAGUAGUUGAUUACUACGCCAAGCAGAACAAAGUCAUCCAGAUCGAAGCAGAGGGAACGGUGGAUGAGAUCUUCAAGAAGGUGGAGAGUUACCUGGACAAAAAGUAAGCACCCGCCUACAUGCCUGCCUUCACAGAAAUUACAUUGUGAUAAUCAAUCUGCAAUGAACCUGCACACGAGUCUCUUCUAGCUUAUGAACAAUUCAGCAGAACGCGACAUUUAUCUCAAGCACUCUCACUCUUAUAUCGUGUUUUUUUAGCUUUCUACCAUUUAUUAUUAUUUAUUUUAUUGUAUCAAUGGAAUUUAAAUACAAUUAUUCAACAAAAAAUAGUUUUAUUUCAAUUUUAUAAGCAAUAACAAAAUUGUUCAAAGCUUUCGAAAUGCAAUAUGAAAUUAGUAGAAUAAAAAUCGAUGGGUAGCAGACGAAUCAUCUAGGCAAGAUAGAAUAUUACAACUUAAAUGUUGCACGACUACAAGUUGAACUCAUGUGAAUCGAGUCAAAAAUUACAUGAAGAACUUUUUGACCGACGACGAAAUUUUCUAUGAAGUACCUAUAAAACGUACGGAAUUAGAGAAAUUUCAACAUAUUUACCGAAUAGAGAUUUUUGAGAGUUAAAAUUUAAAUGACUUAGCAAAAUGAAAAUAUAUUUAGUAUAACAAAAAUAUCAUUUAAUUGAAAGGGAAGGCGAGUAAAAAUAAUUCAGUAAUUCGCGAAAAGUUUUUAUAACUAAUAAUUCAAGCGAAGCAUCCUCUGCCAUAUUUGGUAGGAAUGAUCUCCAACGCCAAUUAAUUUAUUUUCCGAAGACUUCCUUGAUGAACUCCUCGUAGUUGAGUGUUCCGGAUUUGUCCUUAUCGGCCAUGGCGAUGAUCCUGUUGAUUUCCUGUUCGCUCAUGUGCUUGCCACACUCCUUGAAGACCUGAUCCAGUUCCUUCUUGUCGAUCGAGCCGCUGUUGUCUUGGUCGAAUCUGCGGAAGAUGUCACGCAUGGCUGCUUCCCUGUUUCGACGGUUUUGUUGAGGGGUGAAAAGGGGAAACUUUCAAUUGAUAAAUAAAUUUUUUUCAUUCUUCGAAGUUAACGGCAUUUAGACUCCCGAAAAGGAAACGAAUAAAUUUAUUAAAUAAUAUCGCAAGCUCGCAUUUGAGAAUAUAGAGUUUGUAAUUAUUUUAUUCCAUGGAGAGGCUACAUGAGGUCACAAUUUGGUCUUCAUCACACCAUCUGCUUACAUCCUUAUCAAAAAUAACUAAAAUUGAAACAGAACUGCGCCAAUAAUUGUUACAUAUUUUUAAACUCUCAACAACUUAUCUGGAACUGAAUAAGAAUUAAAAAAAUAACGAACGGUAAAAGAUUAUAGAAAGAAAACAAAGAGCGUCCCGUGCGAGCAAGUUCCCAAUAAUUAAUUUUUAUCCAAUUAACUUUUUACUUUAAAUUUUUAUGUGUGUACAAAGAUGUUUUGCGUAAAGUUUGUCUUAGAUAGUUUAACGAAGCCUCGGAUUAUCUAUUGAAAAUAACUCUAAAAACUAAAUCCUUCAUAGUUACAUCAACUAAUUCGAUGCAUUCUCCUG